CGGUGUGGCGGCGUGCUGGGGAYAGUGUGUCGCUGAGCCGCCGCCCCKGGCGGGCUGGGCUCCGGGGGAGGGAGGGUCGGUCCCGGCGGGCGGGGUCGCGUCCCGGGAUCGCUCGGGCUCGCAGCCCCGGCCGUGCAGGAUGGUGGAUGUGUUCAGCGGGCGGCUCCUGGUCAGCAAGGAUGGCCGCAGCGUGGACCCCGAGGAGGCCCUGCAGAACAAGGUCGUGGGCUUGUACUUCUCCGCCGGCUGGUGCUCGCCGUGCCGAGACUUCACUCCCGUCCUCUGCAACUUCUACACGGAGCUGCUGGAGGAGACUGAGCCACCCGCYCCCUUCGAGGUGGUGUUCAUCUCCUCCGACCACAGCGCCGAGGAGAUGGUGGGCUACAUGCACGCCAUGCACGGAGACUGGUUAGCCCUGCCCUUCCACGACCCCUACAAGCAUGAUCUGAAGAAGAAAUACAACAUAACAGCAAUUCCUAAACUGGUGAUUGUGAAACAAACUGGAGAAGUCAUUACUGACAAGGGAAGAAAACAGAUCAGAGACAAAGGGCUAUCCUGUUUUCGGAACUGGCUUGAGGGUGCAGAUAUCUUUCAAAAUUUUUCUAGCUAAAAUGUUGACGCAUGAGAGCAAGAAAAAGCAUCGUGGAAACUUAGUAGAGCUCUAAAAAACUCUUGUUCUGUUAAGAAUGUGAAGAGUAAGGCUUAUUUAUUUAUCUUUGCGUGUAAACAAAUUUUGGUUUUGACUUGAAGACCAGCUAUUCCAGUGUCAUAAAAUGCAAUAAUCGUCUUGUUUGUAUUGUUCUAUCUGCUGCAUUCAGUAUGAACCAAAGCAUUCCAAAUAAUACUGAAGAACUUCAGGAGAAUAGGCUGCUUAGACAGUAAUACAAAACUGUGAAAUCUAUGCAAACACCUAGUUUGCAAAGUCGAUACAGUAAAAAUAAAUGCAAAAGCCCWAUUUACUUGAUGACAUUUUUUUCCAGAUGAUUAGAACAUUUGAUUAAGAAAUGAAAUUGUUUGCUUUAAUAAAUAACUG